AUGAUUGAGGAAGGUGGCUUGCAACAGCAUCUACAACAAAUCACGGGCAGCGAAGCGUUGGCGCCAUUGUUGCUCAACUUACUGGGCCAAAAUGUGCCAAAUUGGCAGCAGCAGCAACAGCAGUACCGACAACAACAUCAGCCUGCCACAAAUCAACCGCAACAACCGCAGGCACAGUUUUUUGUUUACAAUAAAAACUCUCCGGCUGGGAGUCAACAACCUCCAGUAUUGGCCGCGUUCAAUGGCGUCAAUGUGCAACCUGAACAACAGCAACUUCUUUUGGCGCAGGCUCCGGCUGAGGCACAAUAUCCUGCAACACCAGCCGAAGGGCCAAAAAUCGUUAAGGCGCCGCCUGCAGCCGCCGUUUGGGCGCCGGAAUCGAGGCACCCCGGGCAUAGUCCGGGCACCACUAUCACCACCGUUAUGAACCACCCGCACCACUUGAACGGCAGGCCUCGAACUGAGACUCAGAUUGCUGGCACUCAGCCUCUGCCGCCCCCACACCCGAUGCCCUUGUUUGGCGGAAGUGCAGUGCCAGCAAGUUGCCCAGAGGAUGCCACGCCCCCUGGCCUGGCCUUAUCCUGCGCCCCCACCAGUCCGCCGGCCACGAGCUAUGAGACGAUCCCGUUGCUGAGUGCCACGGCCCUUAAGGCGGCAGUUGGUUAA